UUCGAGUCGAAGGGUCCGACUCCGAUGAAACCCCGAGCUUCACCCCAAGCUUCAAUCCAAUGUUUGGGAGCAAACGCCUCGGAAGGUUUAUCGAAAAACGGGCGAAGAACGGGAACUUCUGGACGGUGAGGGCCAAACGUGUUGCCAACUAUGUUCAUCGGGUCAGACAUCGUGAGCGUCAGACUCCACUUGAUGGCGAUGGCACUACAGAGGAUGAUUUCGAUGGACUUCAUUUUGAUGGAUUUAGUGCUUAUGGGAGCGAUAAUACCUGGACACUCGCUGAUACUGGGAUUGGUCCGGCGAUGGAUGCCACGAUGGGACCUUUGGUAAAUUCAGUGAACAGUAAUCCGGAUGCCAAUUCGAAUAGACCCUCUAGCGGUAUUCUUGGUAGACUGGUACGGCAAGACGAUAGCGAUCAAGCAGGAAUAACACUGGGGCCGCACAAUGAUGGAAGCUCAGCCGAUGUCAUUGCCACAACAGUUUAUUUCUCGGAAACGGAGAGUUCAUCGGGUGUCUUAAGUCACCCAGAUCUCAAUCAAACUGGAACUGGGGUAGCAGAAUCGAGAGCAUUACACAGCGACAUCUCCCACUCCGCUCUGGAUAGAGCUCCCGCUGAAACCAUACAACAAGUCCAGUCACAGGUUACUGGUUCUAGGUCGGGAGCAGAAGAAGAAGCGCGCCAUGAUUCAGUAAACCCGCCUCGAUUCCAAAGACAAAGGAGCACGGCAAAUACCAAUCCCCCAGUUGGUACUGUUCUUGAAUCAUUAGAACCAGAUGAUCAAAAUGUCGCUAUACCAGCGUCUCGGCUGCCAAAUGAGAGGCUUGAACUGCAAACUGAGUUUCCCGGUGCCUACAACGAACACUCAACUCUUGGUGCUCGCUUUGAGUCAGAUGCUGACGAAUCUAUAUCUCCGCGAACUCGGGAACCAGCCAACGACAAUCAAGUUCAUCAAGACUCGAGCACGAGAACUUCUGUUCCAGAAUGGAUUGCGAUGCAAGAGCUUCAUGUUCCCGUUCCCGCAGGAGUAGGAUUGGGAAUAAUGAAUUGGGGGCCCGGCUUCGACAACCACCGGGAGCACCCUCAUACUUUAGGUAGGCUAGAAAGAAGCAGAGAAACUGAGACAGAGCCGGCUGCUGGUCGCUCGACGAUAUCACCAUAUCACAGCCAAUCCAGCAGUCAACCAAGUACAUCAUUCGGGUCUCCCCAGCCGAACCUUAGCGGAACAAACGUCACGAGCAGCACGUCAGCUCUAGGAGACACUGCUGAAAAGCCUCCAUCCUUGAGGAAUAACGUUAUUCCAACCGACUCGGAUGAGCAUGGGACCGAAGAGGACAUGGCCGCUGAGACGACCCACUUUGAUGAACGCGACCCUGAGCUUGCGAAUCCUAACAUGGAAGAAGGCCAUUCUAGAGCUACAAGUGCUGAUAUUGAAGGUGAAAUCAGUAUUGACCAAGACACAAACGAUGAUAAUGGCCAAACUGGGGAUGAUUGA